CCUUUGUCCCAGAAGCCCAUUGUAUACAACGGAGGAAACCCUGUUCACCGCUAGCAGCCAUCUUGGAUAGAGAUACUUCUGCCAGGAUAACCUGCAGAUCCCUUCUGAAGAGCUCAAGACGAUAUAACAUUAAAAAAAAAUACACAUAACCCGAGCCAAGAUGGCGACCGCACCAUACAACUACUCCUACAUUUUUAAGUACAUCAUUAUCGGAGACAUGGGCGUAGGGAAGUCAUGUUUGCUUCACCAGUUCACAGAGAAGAAAUUCAUGGCGGACUGCCCCCACACGAUCGGGGUGGAGUUUGGGACGAGGAUCAUCGAGGUGAGCGGCCAGAAGAUCAAGCUGCAGAUCUGGGACACGGCCGGCCAGGAGCGCUUCAGAGCCGUCACGCGCAGCUACUACCGUGGUGCCGCGGGGGCGCUGAUGGUGUAUGACAUCACCAGGAGAAGCACAUAUAACCACCUCAGUAGCUGGUUGACCGACGCCAGGAACCUCACAAACCCCAACACCGUGAUCAUCCUGAUUGGGAACAAAGCUGACCUGGAGGCUCAGAGAGACGUGACGUACGAGGAGGCCAAGCAGUUUGCUGAGGAGAACGGCCUGUUAUUCCUGGAGGCCAGCGCUAAAACGGGGGAGAAUGUGGAGGAUGCCUUCCUGGAGGCAGCUAAGAAGAUCUACCAGAACAUCCAGGACGGCAGCCUGGACCUGAACGCUGCAGAGUCAGGAGUGCAGCACAAGCCCUCGGCCCCCCAGGGGGGGCGGCUCACCAGCGAGCCCCAGCCCCAGAGAGAGGGCUGCGGCUGCUAGUGGACCACACUCCUCUCCUCCUUCACUCUCCUCUCCUCCUUCACUCCAUCAUUCUCUCUCUGUUCAUCUCUUCUCCAUCACCUCCCUCCACCGCCCCUCCCUGCUCCACACCACAGACAGAGGGGAUGGGGUGGAUGUAGAAGGGUGGAUGAUGGAGGGAGGGAGAAAUGUUUUUGACUUAGUGACUACAUCCCUUUUCUGCUUCCUCUCUGUCUCCCCCCUCUCCCUCAUUCUCUUCCUCCAUUCACCAGUCAGCACAGGUUAUCAGCUGUGAACCACACAUACACAGCAGGUCAUAUUCAUAACAAACUGAAACUACAAGCUUUUGUUUUUUAACGUUGCUUUUAUAGCAUAUAACAGACCCCCUCGGUUCCCCCAGAGGACUAAACUCAGCCUGUAUAAAGACCCCUGGUAGAUGCCCAUCCCCCUCCUCCCCAGCAUCACAGCUGCAGGUAGAUCCACCAUUGUUAGUUUGGAUCAAGUUUGGUUUUGCUGGCCUGUGAUUGGCUAAAUGUGUCCAGUCCAGGGAUUGGGAUUGGGAUUGGACAGUAAAGGUGAUGAUGUAAUUUAUGACCCAGCAACACAGCUGGGAUGUUGCUGGUUGUGUGCGAGAGACCUGUUGAUGACAUCAGAUACAGGAUUCCCCUCAAACUGCUUGUGCUCCAGCAUCACAGGAGACCGUGUGUGUGUGUGCGUGCGUGUGUGUUUAGAGGGUCGGGGACCGUUUUGACUAAGUUAAUGACACUUUACAGAUUAGGCAUUUUUUUCUUUAGAUCAUUAGUUUCACCUCCCGCCCUUUCUCCUCCUCUCACCUCCUCUCCCUCUCUCUCUCUCCUCCUCCUCCCAGCCCCAAUCACAUUAGUAGAAUCUGGCUGUCCUCACCAGCAUUUUCCUUGUUGUCGUAUGUUGCCUUAUUGUUACGAUUUAAUGUUAAUAUUAUUACUGUUAAAUCUUAUUUUCGCUGCGCUUGCUCUAUAUACCGCUGUUUAGACUCCUGUCCAAAAAGAAUAAAAAAAAACAUUUUACAA